GUGAUGGACAGAUGAGUAUCAAUUCUCUCAAUUGCACCCCGACAGACUAACUAGAAGCUCUGCAUAUUCCCAGCUAACACUGAAUAAGUAGCUUUCACCUAGAACGAAACAAAGCCAGUCAUGGACUUCGUCGGACUGCCAAAGAUAGAGGUUUUUUGAACCCCACGAUCCAGUUUUUGACACUGACUAUAUACAAGCUUCACGCCCAUUUGACUGGGAGCAUUUCCCGCCGCGCUCUCCAUGAGGUAUGGCUACGUAAAAAGGAGACAGGCAGCACCGACCUAGAAGAUCCUCUGAUCGUCAUGCCUGAAGGGAAACACGAUUACAAUUUGCAAACAUUCUUCCCGCUCUUCAGCAGUUACAUAUAUAACCUUAUCACGGAUGAGGAAUCUGUUCGAGACACAACAAAAUCUGUAUUGAAAGACUUUCUUAAUGAUGGCGUCUGUUAUCUUGAGCUUCGAACAACACCACGCACUACGCCUCAGCUCUCAGCAGAGCGGUACAUCUCAACUCUCCUUGAUGUGGUCUCGUCAUUUGAGUCUCAGAACCCUCAACUGCACACUCGCUUGAUCCUCGCUGUUGAUCGACGACAUACCCCUGAGCAGGCUGCUUCCACCCUUGAGCUUGCUCUGACAUACCGUGAGCAGGGAGUCGUUGGCUUGGAUCUCUGCGGUGAUCCAACAGCGAGGCCAUCAGGCGAGAUAAGUGUCUUCACACCUGUGUUCCUAGAGGCCAAAAAGAAAGGCUUAGGGAUUACGGUUCACUUUGCCGAAGCUGAGGCGAGUGGGUCGAAAGAGGAGUUAAACACGCUGCUCUCUUGGGAACCAGACAGGCUUGGACAUGUGAUUUGGGAGGACGAAGAGAUCAAGAGGGAGAUUGCAAGGAGAGGGCUGUGUCUCGAGUUAUGCCUGAGCUGCAAUGUCAGAGCCGGGAUGGUGUUGGGCGGCUUCGAGGGCCACCACUUUGGGCACUGGAGAGGUGUCAACGGCCCCAAGAUCUCACUCAGCACUGAUGAUGUGGGCGUGUUCGGAAGCCCCCUAUCUAACGAAUAUAGACUCGUGGCGGAACAUUUUGGUCUUGAUCGCCAGGCUAUAUGUAAGCUUUCCAGACAGCCUAUUGAUGGAAUAUUUGGGGGCGAACGGGAGAAAGAGAGGUUGAAAGAUAUCAUGUGGACACGGUGAGUUUGACAGCUGAUAUCUCUAUUGCAUGAGAGUGUCAUGCUGUGGUGCUCGAAGCUUGCAUGCUAUCACGACUAUAGAGCGUCAGAAAACUUUGAGACCUUUACAACUGGGAGAGGAAAUAAAAGUAGUCGCAUGACCUGCUAUGCUCAUCUUACAAUUGUCCAGUUACCAAGUUUAUCCUCAACUUGUUCAAGAAUAUUCAUCACGGACUGAGUUGUUAUGACACGGCAAGGAGGCCAAUGCAUGUGGUAUCAAUAUCGACGUUAUCAUUUAGGCAUA